GAUGGCAGCCGAGGCGUGAUUCGAGACCGGGACCUUCACUCUCUCUGGGCGCGCGCGAGUAGGGGGUAUCCUUCGUCGUACCGGACCAGAUCGCGGAAGUAGUGCGCUAGCGUGGUGCAUUAUCGCGUGUCGUCCAGUGUACCAAGAGAUUCGCGAUGUUCUAGGAGGACCGGUCGUUCCUUCUAUACCGUCGGUGCCGGUUUGUCCUCCUAUCGCCGCGAGCCUUCUUACUCUCUCUCUCUCUCUCUCUCACACACCUCUCUCUCUCUUUCGCUCUCUGCACUCUCCUCGCUAUCUCUCUUUCUGUCACCUACACACGUACACGUACAUACACCUACACUCUCCUCUUUUCUCCUGCUUCUUUUCCUUUCCGAUACCCACGGCCAGCAUCCAGUUUUCUCUUCCACGAUCCUCGAUUACGUUGACUUUCAGUUUAUCUCCCGGUUCAGUUUUCGUCACCUUUCGAAAAGCAGAACACACUCUGGCCGUGCUCCUCUGGUUCCUAAAAUCGCUUUAAAUUCGCUCGCUUCUUACGCUCCUACCCCCCGAAAACCGCGUAAUCCAGUCAGUCAGUCGCGUUACUGAUGAUCCGACCGGCGACCAGGUAGUAUCGCUGAUUAUGCGCGACAUGAGCACCACCGCCAUCGUAGUGUUUUACGAGCGUCAUGUAAAAUGGAAUUAAACAAUGUUGUUAAGACGUAAACAUGUUUUGGCUACACUGUGGACUCUUUGUUCUCGUGAUUGCCGUACCUGGAUUUAUUAGCAGCGCCGACAGCACGUCCAAGCGAGAAGCCGACUACACUUUAGAUGAUUCCUUUUGGAACGAAGAAACUCCCAGCGGUGAGGUCGAACGACUACUACGAGAAUAUCGACAGAACCAAGAGCUAGUACGAAAUAUCGGGGCCCAUUUCUAUCAGAUCAUCUAUCCAGUACAAUUACGGCAUCACGAGAAAAUGGGGAUAUCCACGAGAGAAGUCAGCGUAUCCAAGUUUCCUCAAAGAGGAUACGGAGAGGGUGGAUAUCAAAAUUCGAGAGGCAGAAUGAAAUUUCCUUCGAUUUUCAAUUUUCAGACGGGGAGACAUUUUCAUCGGACGUCCCUUUUGAUCAAGGCCUUUAAUCAUAAAUUUCGCCUAGAUUUAGAAUUAAAUACGCAACUUCUAGCUCCGAAUAUUAUGCAAAAAGACUAUUUAGCCGACGGCGUGGAACAAAGUUCAAAACAGGAGAUAGAGCAUUGCUACUAUCACGGAACCGUGAGGGAUUAUCCAGGAGCUAGCGCUGCUUUUCACACGUGUAACGGUGUCAGCGGUGUUAUUCAUUUAGGCAACGAGACAUUCGUCAUUCAUCCAUUUUAUGGCGGCGAUCUAUCGCAGAAACAUCCUCACGUUAUAUUUGAAACUCGAACAAAGGCUAACAAAGGCUGCGCUAACUUGGGGAACCUUGAGUGGCGUGCAAAGAGCCGCCGGCAGAAGCAUGUUCUGGGGCUAUCGGAGACCCCUUCCGAUCGAUACAAGAGAGACGUCCGUGAAACAACCAAAUACAUCGAAACUGCCAUCAUUAUCGAUAAGGCUAUGUUCGAGAAGAGGAACGGUAGCACCAGAGCGGAGGUUGUUCACGAUGCCAUCCAAGUCGCCAAUAUCGCAGAUUUGUAUUUCCGUACGUUAAACACUAGAGUCUCAGUCACAUACAUCGAAACCUGGCAGAGCAUGAACCAGGCGGACAUCAGCAAGGGUAUGGACAUCAGCAUCGCUCUGCGGAAUUUAAACGACUACACGGUACGAAGGAUGUACCAGGUGGACGAAGAUACUACCCAACUUCUCACGGGUGAAAUAUUCGCGGGUGGAGAAUUGGGGAUGGCCGAGUAUCUGACCAUCUGCAAACAGAAAGCCGUAGGAAUCAGCGUCGAUUUGAACGUGUACGAACCUCAUCUGUUAGCCGGCACUAUGGCUCACAUGAUUGGGCACAAUAUCGGCAUGGCUCAUGACGAUAGAAGGAGCGAAUGCAUCUGCCGCGACUGGCACGGGUGCAUCAUGGCUCAGUCGAUCGUCGGAUUGGAAAACGUUCAACCGUACAAGUUUUCCGAGUGUAGUAAAAUGGAUUACAUAGAUUCGUUGAGAGCCGGCAAGGGGUUUUGUCUUCUUAACAAACCGAACGAGGUGGAAAUGAGGACAUCUUGCGGGAACAAGGUGAUCGACGACGACGAGGAAUGCGACUGCGGCUCGAUCGACGAAUGCCCCAAGAUCGACCCUUGCUGCGAUCCAAUCACCUGCAAGCUCACCUCCGAAGCGGAAUGCGCGAGCGGUCCUUGCUGCAGCAAUUGCAAGUUGCUGAAACGAGGCGUGGUGUGCCGGGAUUCGACGAACGAGUGCGACCUGCCGGAAGUAUGUUCCGGCGAGUCGGGCCAAUGUCCCGUGGACGUUUACAAGAAGAACGGUAUACCUUGCUCGAACGAUCAAGGAUACUGUUUCAACGGCGAAUGCCCGGCGUUGAAUCUACAAUGCGAUCAAAUCUGGGGAUACGGUGGCGUGGUAGCCGACAAACAGUGCUUCGAGCAAUUUAAUUCCAAGGGCUCGCUGACUGGACACUGCGGCACCGACGCUUCCGGUCACUACAUUAAAUGCGAGCCAGAAAACGUCCGUUGCGGCUCGCUUCAGUGCCAACAGGGUAGCAAACAGCCGGUGAUGGUCGGUAUGGAUCAUUCGAGGACCAUCAUCUCGAUAAAGGGGAAAGAAUACGAGUGCAAAUCGACGACCGGGAAGGUGGAGGGAUCGGAGAUGCCGCGCAUGGGUUUGGUUCGCGACGGCACAUCCUGCGGCGACAAUUUGAUUUGCGUGAACCAGACAUGCACCAGUCGAUUCCCGCUCAUAGACAAAGAACACUGUCCCAGCAAUCACAACAACAACGAGUGCUCGGGAAAUGGCGUGUGCACAAACGCGAACAAAUGUUACUGCUAUCCAGGAUGGAGCGGACCGGAUUGCUCCAUCGUGCAGGAAAUACCGACUCACCCGCCCACUACGUCUAGCACCGAAUCAUCGGGUAAAAAUAGUACUGAUCCUAAAUUGGUGAAGAAAGAGACCCCCUACGAGAACUACCACGGCUCUAACACUGUAUUUUUAGUUGGUAUGCUCAUGUCGGUGGUAGGGGGUGUUUUCAUAGUAUUUGCUCUGAUGGCUCUCUGCUACAGGUCAGUCGUAGUACAUAAAAACUACUCCCUCUGUCUCAGAAGGAAGAGCACCGUCCAGAAGUACGACCAACCGUACGGGAAGAAAGCACCGCAGAAGAGCUACAGCGAGAACCAUCGUCCGGAACACGCGAUCCUGGACGACGUGAACAAGAUCCUAACGUCGAACAGUAUGCCUAAUUACAGCCGCAGCGACAACCAGCGCGUGGUGUUUCGAUCCCCGAAUAACGUCACCACCGCAGACGGGCCAAGACUCAAGGAUCACAGAUCGCAGGCGAAGAGGCUUGCUAUAAACGAGGUGGACGCGGUUACGAGCGUAGAGGAAGCGGUCUCUUUCAUUGAUCUACCGAAUCAUCCCACGAAGAAGGGAAUUUUAAAGAAACACCCUGAUUACGGUAUCGAAGGAGGCACGGUGGUCGAAUUGGAACGCACGUUGGACCGACUGAACGGCUACCACGAGGGUAUCAUCGAGGCGUUGAGGAACGCGGAGAGUCAUCGUGAAUUGUCGGGACCACCGUUGGUCAACAGGAAUUUGAUCGACCAGGAGGCACUGCACAAACCCCUGUCGGAAUGCAGUUACCCGGACCCUUAUCGCAAAGGUCUCGACCGACAAGAGCACAUGGAGAACCAGGCGGACGAGGAGGACGAGGAGGAAGAGGAGGAGGAAGAGGACGAGAGCAUGCUGCCGUGCGGUACGAUUCGCAUACGAAAUCUCGAGGACAUAAUAAAACAACUGGAGCGUCACACAACAAGGAACAUAAGUCGUUGCAACUCCGACGACAUCCGGAUGUCCGAGAGCGAGGCCGAUCGCCACUACAGAAUAGAUUCGUCCGUUUGUAGCGAGUCGUCCCAAGGAAGCAGAAGGUGUAGCCGCGCCCGUGACGAUACCUACGGUAGAUAUUGUCAGCCAUCGUCUCGAAGUCCUUACGGCACCCAUCAGCUCGUUCAACACCCCCAUCAAAUGCACAAGGAGGAGGAUAUCUAUGAAACUGCCGACCCUGACAGAGGCUCAAAUACUAGGGGUGAAACGCCCGAUAGUGAAAGUGAUGCAUUUAUUCAAGCUCAACAACAACUAGCCCGAUGGACGAGUGAGGACGGAGUGCAACACCGGCCACCGCAGCAGCCGCCGCCGCCGCCGCCUCCACCGCCGCCACCUGCGAUCACCGGUGGUACGGUGCCGUUGCUGCAACGCCGUCAGUCUCAACGAGAUUAUCGUCAGCAACAACAACAACAACAACAGCAGCAGCAGCAACAGCAGCACCAUCACCACCAUCAGUCGCAGCAACUGCAGCAGCAGUCGUCGCAACAACAGCAUCAACAUCAUCAACAAGAACAAGAACAACAACACCAACUGCCGGUGGAACAACUGCCAAUACAGCAGCGCGGCUAUUAUCCAUCCCCGCUCCACACUGACAACGGUCUCGACAACGACGAGACUGAAAAUGCUCAAUCCCACCAAAAACAAAUGCUCCCCGACGUUCGUGGAAUCGAUGUUAAUCACUUGCCUAAUAUUAACAAAUGCCCACUAGACGAUAACUUUAGUCUAGAUUGUAACAUAAAUAAUGGUUCCCUUAAAGAAUUAAAUACCAACAACACUAGUGAUAACGAAAAUACUGCCCUAUUGCCCCCUUCGCAUUUUCCUGAGUACAAGCAUUGAUAAUUAUUAAUCGAUGACAGAUAGUGUCCAUAAAACAUAGUGGUGUGAUUUAAUCUUGAACUCGCAUUUUAUACUGAAUAGUGUAAAUAACGAUAAACUAUUGAUCGCAACAUCAAGAACAACAAGAACAACAGCAAACAGGUAUUAAAUUAUAAUGAAUUAAAAUAAUCUAUAUGAAAUGUUUAUUAAUAAACAUUAGUAAAGCGAUUUA